AUGGCCUGUGCUUGUGGUUCAGCAACCCCCUUUCCAGAGACAAAGAAGGCACUCCAAAUAGGAGAGGUCAAACAUACAUGGUCAAAUUCUUUCUCCCCAGUUACAUCUCCAUCUCCUUCGAAAUUCCCUCCCUUACAAUGCUAUCCCAACAGCAACAACCACAGCAACAGCAGGGCCUCCAUCGCCCUAGCCCCAGAGUACUCUCCACAAAACGCCUACAUUCCCACCACCCAGACAGCAUCUCCUCCAGAUACCGAGCCGGAAAAGCCAAACCCCGGUCUCGCGAACAAUCUGUCGUCGCAUCACGACGUCUCCAUCGCAGCAGACACACCCCUGACACACCCCCAGAUGGAAGCACACAAAGACAUCCUCUGCGUCUCACCCUACUUCGCAGCCCUCUGCAAUCCUCCCAACAAUGAUGUCUCCUCCUCUUCCCCCUCUUCUUCCCCUUCCUCCUCACCAAGCCCUACCGAAUCCAUGAGACAAAUCGACCUUCCCGACGAACAACCCGAAAUCUUCUCCUGCGUCCUCGAAUACCUCUACCGCGGCGACUACUACCCCCGUCUUCGCCACGACAAAACCACCAACACAUGGGACUUGGAAACCACCCCCUCAUCGUCUACUAAUACCAGAACGACCACUAAUAACAAAGACACCACCGACCCCAACGCCAUCAUCUUCCACCCAGCGGUAGGAGCAGAGAUCCUCCGCGACACAGCAGUAUACUGCGCAGCCGAGAAAUACUCCCUCGAGCAUCUCAAGCGCCUCGCCUUGAAGAAACAAGGCCUCCACUCCAACAUCCCCUGCCACAUUAUCCUAAGCAGUGCGCGGUACGCAUACAUGCACACUCCCGAUACGGAGAGUAAACUGCGGGCGCAUUAUCUGGCGCUGAUUAUUCGGAGUCGGGGGACGUUUAAGCGGAGUGGGACGAUGCAGAUGGAGAUGGAACGUGGAGGGAAGUUGUUUUUUGAUUUGUUUGUGGCGAUGUGUAAUCAUAUGUAA